AUGGACUCCCUUCCCCCCGAAGAGGACCUCAAUCUUCAUCCAGCCUCAACCUCCCAAGCUAAUAACCGACGCGAUAGUGCUUCAAGUGAGUCGCCCAGAACCAUUAGAGGACGUCCUCGACUUGCUUCUGGUGGUUCUCUGACAGGUCGAGUUCAUUCAGCAAAUAGCUCUCCACUUUCUUCGCCGCAAUUCCUAAGGAGCGUGUCGGAUGAAUUCCCGCUGAGUCCAGCCCUGCUGAACAGCCCCCUGAUGGGUAAUCAUCUUCCCACAAACUCAGAGGACAAUGGAUUCGAUGAUGAAUCAGAGCCUUAUACUUGGUCUCCGGAAGAUGAGACCAAUAGCUCGCACGAGUUCACUUGUGAUGCCUCUCCGGACAUGGACCUUUGGACACCCAAGCGCCUGCGAGACCUUCCAAAGCCCAUCAUCACCCCGGAGAAGAAGCACGUGAAGAAACUCGCAUCUGAAGGUUCGCUCACUGGUCGCAUGCAAGCUCUCAAUCUGACCCAAUCUCCCGUUAUUUCUCCUGCCGCAUCGCCAAUCACACGUUUCUUUGGAAUACUUCACUCUGGACAGACAAAAUCACCACCAGCAUCACCCUCGUCGCCUACCGCCAGAUUCUCGAAAUUCAUCGGACAGAAGCAGUUGCUUGACCCUCCAGACUUUUUCGCUCCCCGUGAAUCAGAAAGCUACCGUAAUCCAUGUUGGAAUUCAGAGGAUAGCCAAGUGGAGAUACCUCAACCGGAGCUUCAGCUGUCAAAGGUCCGAAGUGGCAAAGGAAGAGAGAAGCAUGUGCGAUUCGCAGAACCAGUGCUUCAGAACAACCGGCCCAUCAGAGUGUCUCGGGGCAGCCGAUCUGGUAACCAGGUCAUUGCCCUUCCCUUUACCGAAGAGCAAUACCGAUCAUUCUCUCUAAAUGAUUCCGCGGGGGAGACAGACUCCGAAUCUGCUACCCCACAACGUAUUCCUAGAGGACACGCAUUCUCGGGACCAGAUAAUUAUAAGCUGGAUCCCAAAUAUCCCUGGAAAAGAUAUCGUGCUCCUGAGAAGUUCCAGGGGGAACUCCGUCUCGGUGCGAUUCAAAAUGAACUUCGUGGAAUUCAGAAGAAAGAAUUCAAUAUUCAUCGGAAAGAGCACCGUGCUCAAGAGGAAGAGCGUUUCCAGGCUCUUCGGAAAGAGGGACGCGGUAUGUUUUAUCAAGGCUCAUUAAUGGAUCCAGACAACCAUGGUAAUCUGUACGGGCAGGGUAUUUUUAAGGAACGGGGUUUCUUACUGCAACGUUCCAAGACGGAGACAGGCCUCGAAUAUCUUAUUCGUCAAGAAAAUCAUGACUCUGAGCAACGUAGUACCUUCGGACAAGAUCCCCGAAAGGAUACACACCUCGAAUCUGCCGCUCCACGAGAGCAGCGUACUAUUGAGGAACGCGGUCCCUUGCCACAAGGUUCCCAGAUGGACUUGAACCCUCUUUCAGCCUCUAAUUUGCAGAAACAGCGCGCUCGGGAUGAGGUAGCAUUCUUCCCAUCAUCAUCGAUGAUGAUUGUGGAUCACCCCAUUGCCUCGCCUCCCCGGCCCCGUUCUUCUUCUCCGGGAUACAAUGAAGCUAUUGUAAAUGCAGCUCUGGCAGAGCGCAUUCGCAAACUGCCUCUCAAGGGACGGGUGCUUCGCAAGGAAAAUGAGCGUUCCGAGGGAAAAGAUCAUUUCAAUGGAUAUGAGCCUUUCACUGGCAAUGAUCCUGGUAGCCGGGACUCUACCAUUAGAUAA